UGCCAAAUUGGCCUACCGAGGUAGUAUAUUCGCCGAUCGAUCACUUUAAUCGCCUAUAAAAACACUGCAAGAAACCAUGGACUGUGCAAGCCCAAGCUAGUGUGGUGGGAGUUGCAAGCCCAAGAUAGUGUGGUGAGACUAACUGAGUAAGACAUGGACCACUCUUACUGCCGGUUGCUGCUUGUAUGUUCAGUUCUUAUUGUAUGCCUCAGUAACCUGGGUGCAAGGUGUCAGCUAACCGACGAUUUCUACGACAACACGUGCCCUCAGUUGUAUAGCAUUGUGCAGCAGCAUGUGUUCGCCGCCAUGAGAGCAGAGAUGAGGAUGGGCGCCUCCCUCCUAAGGCUUCACUUCCAUGACUGCUUUGUCAAUGGGUGUGAUGGUUCAAUCCUUUUGGACGGCGCCAAUGGCGAGAAGUUUGCGCUCCCCAACAAGAACUCAGUCAGAGGGUUUGAUGUCAUCGAUGCGAUAAAGGCCGAUCUCGAGAGAGUUUGCCCUGAGGUGGUGUCCUGCGCUGACAUUGUAGCCCUUGCAGCGGGCUACGGAGUACUCUUUAGUGGAGGACCUUACUAUGAUGUUCUUCUGGGGAGAAGGGACGGGUUGGUGGCGAAUCAGUCCGGAGCUAACAAUGGCUUGCCUUCACCAUUCGAACCUAUCAACUCCAUCAUUCAGAAGUUCAACGCCGUUGGUCUGAACACGACCGAUGUGGUGGUCUUAUCAGGAGCCCACACGAUCGGGCGAGCCCGGUGCGCGCUGUUUAGCAACCGUCUGUCCAACUUCUCGCGCACGAAUUCAGUCGACCCGACGCUGGACGCCACCCUUGCCGUCAGCCUCCAGAGCCUCUGCGCCGGCGGGGGCGGUAACCAGACCACCGCACUCGACACCAGCUCCGCCGACGUGUUUGACAACCACUACUACCAGAACCUCCUUGUCGAGAAGGGACUCCUGUCCUCCGACCAGGGCCUCUUCUCCAGCCCCGACGGCGUCGCCAGCACCAAGGCGCUGGUGCAGACUUACAGCGACGACGGCGAGCAGUUCUUCUGCGAUUUCGUCUCGUCCAUGCUCAAGAUGGGGAACAUCAGCCCGCUCACGGGAUCGGCCGGGCAGAUUCGCAAGAACUGUAGGGUUGCUAACUGAGGAGUGAUGGUCAGCUGGAUUUUAAAGGUUCAGUCAUGCCUGUGCUUGUUGUGUCUAUUUCUUGUACCGUUGUCAGAAGGCACUUAUGUAUGUGUCAGGUUUAUGCGUGUAACAUCAAGUUGUUGCAUUCUUGAAGUACAAGAUGAAGUAAUAAUAAUGGACGCGACUACGCCCCGCGCGUGCCAGAUUUGACA